GAGAGAAAAAGGGAGAAAUAGAGUUUUCCGUCUUUCUGCGGAGGACAGGAACGAUGUAUUGUGCGUACACCAUCCCUGGGAUGACAGGCAGCUCACUGAUGUACUACUACAACGGCAAAGCGGUGUACGCUCCGUCUGCCAGUACAGCCGACUACAACAGGGACUCACCGGGUUAUCCCUCCUCCAAACCUCCCAGUGCUGGCUUCCCAAGCUCAUUCUUUAUGCCAGAUGGUCACAGUGGUGAUCCCUGGAGCAGCAGUAGUAGCAGUAUGAGCCAGCAAGGUUACCACGGCAGCAUGCUCGGGGGUGGGAACUCAUCCCACGGCCCCGCCCAGAGCUCCUCCUACUGCGGGAUUCACCCUCACGACAGACUGAGCUACCCAUCGCACUCGUCUGCAGAUAUCAGCUCCAGCCUUCCUCCAAUGUCCAGCUUCCACCGAGGAGGAGGGAGCGGGAGCGGGGCCAAUCACUACAGCACCGCCUCUUGCACCGCCCCCACCAACGGCACAGACAGCAUCAUGGCUAACCGAGCACAGAGCGGAGCAGCCAGCAGCUCUCAGACAGGAGACGCCUUAGGGAAAGCGCUCGCAUCGAUUUACUCUCCAGACCACACAAACAACAGCUUCUCAUCCAAUCCCUCCACCCCAGUUGGCUCCCCACCCUCCCUCACAGCUGCCAGUUCAGCUGUUUGGUCGAGGAAUGGCGGACAGGGAGCGUCAUCGCCAAACUACGAGGCUCCGCUGCACUCUCUGCAAAGUCGUAUCGAGGACCGUCUGGAGCGUUUGGACGAUGCCAUCCAUGUACUGCGGAGCCACGCGGUGGGGCCGUCUACGGGUAUGACCAGCGGGCACGGUGAUAUGCACAGCCUCAUCGGGGCUGCGCAUUCGCAUAACGGUGCCAUGGGUGCUCUGGGCAGCGGGUACGGGACAGGACUGCUGUCGGCCAACAGACACUCCCUCAUGGUGGGCUCUCACAGAGAAGACGGCGGUGGCGUGGGCGGUUUGCGCGGCGGACACUCGAUGGCGGGUCAGGUGCCGGUGCCUCAGCUGCCCGUUCAGUCAGCCACCUCGCCAGACCUCAGCCAGCCAGACCCCUACCGCGCUCUGUCCGGAGGCCUUCAGGGCCAGAGCACCUCCUCCGUCAGCUCAGAGAUCAAGUCUGAGGACGAGGGGGACGAGAACCUCCUGCAGGACUCAAAGAACCUGGACCCCAAGAAGGAGGACGCCGACAGCAAGGAGCUCAAAUCUAUUGAGAGCAACAACGACGAUGAAGACCUGUCUCCGGAGCAGAAGAUGGAGAGAGAGAGGGAACGGAGGAUGGCCAACAACGCGCGGGAGCGCCUGCGCGUCCGCGACAUCAACGAGGCGUUCAAGGAGCUGGGCAGGAUGGUCCAGCUGCACCUGAAGAGCGACAAACCUCAGACCAAGUUACUGAUCCUGCACCAGGCCGUGGCCGUCAUCCUCAGUCUGGAGCAGCAAGUGCGAGAGCGAAACCUGAACCCCAAGGCGGCCUGUCUGAAGCGCCGUGAGGAGGAGAAGGUGACUGUGACGUCGGACGGGACUCCCCUCUCGCUGGCCGCCGCGCACCAUGCCGCCGCCGCCAUGGGCGAUGGGUCAAACCCCAUGGGACAAAUGUCUAAGGUGCCAGAGUUCAUCAAGAUGAUGAGUGACCACUUCCUCUGACGGCGUUUCCAUGACAACCCAGCAAUCUAUCAAACCUGUUGUUGCUUCAGCCUGACCAAUCAGAUCAGCCUCUUUCUCUCCUCUCAUCUGUCGUCUCUGAUCCUCUUCUUCGCCUUUGUCUCCUUCUCCCGUCGAGAACUCAAACUGCAGAGUCACAUUAGUCGCUUUCAUCACUUUGCAUCUCCAGCUGAAGUGAACUGGAUGCUACUUUGUGGAGACGUUAAAACGGCCGCUGUAACAUGGCUGCUACAAAGUGGCAGUUAAUGGGAGCUUUUCACACGAAGUGACAGCAAUGGACAAAAGUCUUUGGAAUCACAUCAUCCAAGAAAUUCUUCUUGUACUACUUGUUUUAUCAGCAUUCCCAGUUUUAAAGAACAAAAGGGUUCUAUAUAUAUAUAAAUAUAUAUAGUAUAUAUAUAUGAGAAAAGGAAAAAAUGAUGAAAACUUGUUUAAAAAAAGUGCAACUGGAUGCGGGCAGUGAGGAGGCUAGGGGGUUGGAGAGCGCUUUUCAGAAUGGAACAAAACAUAUCACAAAGUGUUUAAGAGAUUUUUUUUCUUUUUUAAAGCAACAUUGCGCAGCUGUUGUUGAAUGCAGCCUUGGCGCAUCUCUGACUGAAUGGCAAUCUAACGCCACACUGUGGAUGAAGCUGUGCCUGAUCUCCUCUUGGAUGCAAACCAGUCAGAUAGAUACACACGGAGAAACAAAGCAAACAAAACAGGACAAAGAAAAAGAACAGGAAAUUUCCAGGAAGUAUCACAGACGCAGGCUGCACAAUCACACAUCCCCUUACAAACCACACAUCUUCAAGUAUAAAUUAACCUGAGGAAGAGAUUAGGACGCAAAAUAUGUUGUGACCCAACUGCUUUUCAGAGUUGAGUGAUCUGAACAAAAGUUAAGCUAACAAAUGCUUUUUGACUAUCAUAGAUGCCUAGAAAUAAGCAGGAAACAGGGGCAACACAUUCUUCCCCUUCUAAUGCAUUCCCUCCUAAACAUUUAGAUUGUAAGUGUAAAACAAAUAUGAAUAUUUCUGUUUAUGUAUUUUCAUUGGACUUUCAUGCUAAUAGCAACGUUGACUUUCUUCAGACUGCAAAAUGGUAAGAAUGGAUAGGUUUUUAGUGUGAACACAAAUACAGAAACUUCAGCUGGCUCGUGUGUAUCUACUGGGAGGAAGAGAGUACUAAGAGGAUCAAUCAUUGAAUCAAUUAAUCAGUCAAUCAAUGAGUGACUCCAGGGGGUUUGGGAUGUUCAAAUUAUUGAAGGCAGAGGAAUUACCGGCAAAAGUCAUGCAGUAAUGCAAAAGUGUACUUCUAAAUGCGGCAGAAAGGCAAGGCUUUUCUUGACAUCUUCAUCUGAGAUUGUUGUUGAAGGUUUGUAGGGCAGAAAUCAAAUCGUCACAAAUCAAGGUUCUUUGUCGGAUAUUCCACAGCAUUUGCAGAGCAGCUAGAGUUUGAGACUAGUGUUCAAACCUUUCCUGAAAUUGAAGGAUUACAAAUCAAGGAAAAGACAGAUAGAUGGAUGGGCGGAUGAGAGGGAAGAGGGCUGGACUGAGCACUGACGUGAAUUCUAUUCCAUGUUUAGCACAUUCCCUGAAUCACAAUCGCUCUACUUGAAUCCAGUGCUCCCGGGGUCCUGAAGGCCUGAACUACAGGAUGUGGGGGAGUCAUGGAGGGGGAAAGCAGGAUUGAGGCAGGCCAUCAUCCUGAGGAGUUAGAGCUCGAGGGAGAGAAAGACAAACUGAGAAGCCAGAGGUGUUGACACUGCAGGGGAAGCAAGGGAACAAUCAUUGGGGUGAGGGGUGUAUGAUUUUCUACUGGGGGCCAAGCAGCAGUAGUCAAAGCAUUCCUGUAUUGGAUUCACUAGAUUCCCUCAUUUCCUGGUUUAGUGCCUGUCCAAUCAUAACCCUAAACCUCUAACCCUAAUUUCAGGCUUCUCCCCAGCCCCAAGUACCAACCUUGGGGGGGGACUUUCUGAUUGACACUUUGUGUUUGGCAAAAUAAAGGACGAGUCCAUAUCAUUGAUGAGGUGUCUGUUGCUGCAAGCAUUUGCAAAGUCUCAUUGAACUUCUUCAAGUUCCAUUGCAGUCCUUGUUAUGUUUCACUUGAUGGUGUUGCAGUGAUGAUUGAAUAGGAACUGGAAUAGUCUCUAUUUUUCUGAUGCAAACAACAAUUGGUGUUCCUGUAUGUCAGCAGACUCUGGCUCAUAUAUUACAGCCAGAUUAGGCAAAGUUUUAAAGUUUCAGAUUUUGGAUAAUUUGGCCAAUAUCAGCCACAUCUAGCAGCCCUCAGAACAAAUUAGGCCGCUGUUGGGCCCAGUCAUUUUGCUCAUCUUGGUUUGGUCAAGACGCAGGAAAAUUCAGAACGUUCAUAACAAAUAUGCCGUUUUGAAUCAACUGAAACCAGAUCAGUGGUCUACAUCUGAGAGAGGUCCAAUCCAGAAUCCUAACCAGUAAUAUCCCGUCAGAAUUAAGUGCGAAGACUUAACCAAGUUUUUUGGGUAGUUCUAUGAUCGUCAUGAUUUCUGAGUGAUACAGGUUUGGGAAAGUCAGGAUCAGGACAAGGUGGGAGACAAAAGUCAUGACUGCAAGCAGGUGGAACCAGAGAGGUCAGGAGGAAAAGUUUAAGGCAACAACAUCCUUUGUUUUCUGGUGUCAGUCUGAAAGUCCUCUUUCACCCUCACCCCAAGUUAAACCCUUUUCAGUCCAGGCCUAUGUUUAAUCCCAAGUCCCAGUACUGUCUUCUCUGCUGACCCUAGCCUUAUUAGCCCUGAACGAGAGUCCUAGCCCCUCUCCCAAGCCUCUUGCCCCACCUAAGCGGUCCCACAGAUGCAAUUUGAACAUUCACACUUCUACCAAUGUGCCUUUUUAGAGUUCAUAUCAUUCGAGUUACCAGAGGAGGACAUUUACCUGGUCUUUUAAUAGGAUGCAAGCUUAGGGAAACCUGUUCUUAGUCGUUAGGUUCUAUGCAGUCAGGUUUUUUACCAGACCUGGGAAUUUAAAAAAAGCUAAAAAGGAAAAAAAAGUAUUUUUUGGAUAAAAAACAAAACUGUAUUUAAUGUACUGUACGCUUAUAUGUAAGUAGACAGCGUGUUCUGGCUUUAAGCCAAUGGGACAGACGCUUGAUUUAGCAAGACGAGCCCCCGUCCCAGUCCUCCCCGUCCCCCCAAGUCCUCCAUAACCCCCAAACCUCACUUUCCUGUUCCAAGCCCCAUCCCUGUUUCCAUGGUGAACAACGCGUCUCUUCUUGUAUUAUAGCUUAUCAGCUUUUUAUCAAUAUUUGAUCGGCUUGACCGUAAGCCAAUGUAGUCUUCAGUACAAAGUGUGUGGUUGUAUGUUGUAAAACAGAUUUUCUUUCUUUUCUCUCUCUCUCUCUUUCUCUCUCUCUCUCUCUCUCUCUCUCUCUCU